AUGGAUUCUAAGCGGCAGGACAAGUCCGAGUCAACGUACUAUCCCGGGAUGUGGCGGAUUCCUACAAAUCCCAAGCACUGUUGCAUCUAUAGAGUCCCAGACUGUAUGCGUNGAGUAAACCCAGAAGCAUAUACCCCUCAACUAGUCCUCAUUGGACCUCUUAACCAUUCUUUAAAAUCUCAAGCCCUCAAAUCUCGUGGAGAUAUCACAAACGCAAAGUCUAUGGGCUACUUAAACAUGGAGGCGCACAAGAAGUUUUCCCUAGCGGAAUUUGUCAAAAGGGUUGAUGGGCAAGAAACCAUUGAUGGGUUCAAGAGAAUAAUCGAAGAAAACGAAGAGAUAAUCAGGGAAAGCUACUUAGAAUCAACGGCCUGGAUUGAAUCUUCUGAGUUCGUGGAGAUGAUCCUGCACGACUCUGUUUUCAUAAUAGAGUUCAUUUUGAGAUUUUGCUACAAGUACGACGUGGAAAGAUUGACUGAGAAAUUAGGGGAUCCUCUCAUGGACGAGCCUUGUCUGGCAUACACACUCCAUAAUGAUCUCAUCUUGCUCGAGAACCAGCUUCCUUAUUUUAUCCUAGAGAAACUCUUUGAUCCAAUCUUGCUCUAG